AUGAAAAUUGGCUACCACUGGUUACUGGGCACCAGGGGACUGCCAGAGACGGUGCUGAGCUUGAUGGAACCAAAAGUCCCGUUGUUGGGAAUGUACGUGAAUAAUGGCAUCAAAUCGGUCCACCCGCAUAUACCGGCCGUGACGCGAUUUGCCCCGUCACCUACCGGGUAUUUGCAUUUGGGAUCGUUGAGAACCGCUCUCUACAACUACCUAUUGGCCAGGAACACCAAUGGGAAAUUUAUCCUACGCCUCGAGGAUACCGACCAGACCCGCUUGGUAGCUGGUGCUGAGAAGAACAUCUAUGACACCUUGAAAUGGUGUGGGAUUCAGCCUGAUGAGGGCCCUGUCCAAGGAGGUAUUCACGCUCCGUACCGACAGUCUGAACGGAAACACAUCUAUAAGGAGUAUGCUGAUCAAUUGGUGGCUCAGGGAAAGGCAUACCACUGCUACUGUUCGAAAGAAAGGUUAGGAGACCUCCGGGAAUCGGCUAUGAAGUUGAAGCCUCCAACCACGGUUACGUACGACAGAAAGUGUUUUCACAGCCAUCUGCAAACGUCAGAUGAACAACCAGUUAUAAGGUUCAAAUCCCCUGAAAAGUACGACAAAAUCAACGACGUUGUGCAUGGAAUAUUAGAUCUCCAACCACAGUAUAAUAGCGAAGAUAGGAGGUACGACGAUUUUGUAAUUCUCAAGUCUGACGGACUACCCACCUACCAUUUUGCCAACAUAGUAGAUGAUCAUUUGAUGGGCAUAACCCACGUUAUCCGAGGUGAAGAAUGGUUGACGUCGACACCAAAACACCAGGCUUUGUACCAGGCUUUCGGUUGGACCCCUCCUGAGUUUGUUCAUAUUCCAUUACUUACUUCUCUAAAGGACAAGAAGCUUUCCAAGAGAGAUGGAAUCAUGGGCGUUUUGUCCAUGUCGGACAAAGUUUUGCCUGAAGCGUUGAUAAACUUUGUUGCGUUAUUCGGAUGGUCACCACCCAGACCUUCUCCGGGCGAACUGGUUUCUGAAGUUAUGUCUAUGGACGAAUUAGUAGAAAAGUUUUCUCUUGAUGGAUUGACCAGAGGAAAUGCCAAAGUCAGCAAUGCAAAAUUGUAUUACUUCAACAAGGAGCAUUUACACCGGCUUGCAAAGGUCGAUGAAAAGGUCGUUGAACUUGCUGAAACUUACGAUUUGACAGAUGAUACCGAGUAUAUGGCGAGAGUGUUGAAGAAACUUCUUCCGAGUAUGAGCUCCUUGGACGAGAUAAAUAACUACAAAUACCUUUUCACCAUCCCCGACUACAACACUUCAAACGCCCCCCCGAACUGUAAGGCAGUACUCAUGAGAUAUGCAGAGUUGGAAUAUAAUGUUGAGGAAUUAAUCAAGGAGUUUAAAAAAAAAGAAGUUUUUCAGUCCAUCAGAUUCGCUUUGAGCAACGGGGCUCCAGGGUUGGCUAUUCCCGAGAUCAUCGACUUGCUUACUCUUGAAGAAACCAAAAAAAGAGUCAGUACUUGUAUAAAGAAAUUGUAA